GACACGUGAAGAUAAGAGAUUGUUUGGAGGACACGAUGGACCAUACAGAGUCUCCAGAGUUCAUCUGUGUGUCACUGAAGACCGAUGGGUCCAAAGGUGGACCACCAGCACUCGGACCCUCUCACACACAACUGACUCCAGAUCAGCUGAUGCAUGAUGAUGGUGAGGAGGAGGCGUGGCGAGCCGAGUCUCCGGUGUCCUUCUGUCUGUCUGUGAAGACUGACUGGUCCAAAGAAUUUCCUCCAGACUUCAGCGCUGAACCUGGACCCUCAGACCCAAAACUGACUCCAGAUCAGCUGAUUCAUGAUGAUGGCAAGGAGGAGGCGUGGCGAGCCGAGUCCCCGCUGUCCUUCUGUCUGUCUGUGAAGACUGACUGGUCCAAAGAACAUCCUCCAGACUUCAGCACUGAACCUGGACCCUCGGACUCAAAGAAGAAGAGGAAGAUUGAUGGUUCUGUCCAGCUGUCCCACUGUGGUUUUUGUCAGGAUGUCCUUCAGGAUCCAGUCUGUGCUGGCUGUGGACACUGGUUCUGCAGGCUCUGCAUCAUGUCAUGCUGGGACCAGUUUGGUUCGUCGUGUCCUCAGUGUGUCAAAAGAGUUCGUGUCUUAUACAUCAUACGGAUAAAAGACAGAGUAAGUAAAAAGAUGAAAUACCAAUCUGUAACAGAAGGAUGUGAUGAGUCUGGAGUGCCCCUCAAGAUGAUCUACACUGAGCUCUACAUCACUGAAGGUCACAGCGAGGACAUUAAUACCCGACAUGAGGUCAGACAGCUCAAGUCAACUGCCAAGAAGAAGACGGUCCAUGAAACGCCAAUCAGAUGCCAUGACAUCUUCAAAGCCUCACCUGACCACUGCAGACACAUCAGAGUCGUUCUGACCAGUGGUGUUGCUGGUGUCGGAAAAACAUUCUCGGUGCAGAAGUUCACUUUGGAUUGGACAGAAGGCUUGGAAAACCAAGACCUUGGUCUGGUGAUUCUGCUGUCCUUCAGGGAGCUGAUCAGAGAGCAGCAGUACAGUCUUCUGGAGUUAAUUCAUGUUUUCCAUCCGACCUUGCAGAAGAUGACAGCGGAGCAGCUCAGGCUCUGUAGCGUUCUCUUUGUCUUUGACGGGCUGGAUGAAAGCAGACUGUCACUGGAUUUCCAGAACAGUGCUGCUCUGAAUGAUGUCAACCAGAAGUCAUCUAUCGGCGUGGUACUCACCAACCUCAUCAAAGGAAAGCUGCUUCCAUCAGCUCUCAUCUGGAUAGCUUCCCGCCCUGCAGCAGCCAAUCAGAUCCCUCCUGCCUAUGUUGACAGGGUGACACAAGUCCAAGGCUUCACUGACCAACGUAAAGAAGAGUACUUCAAGAAGAGGUUCAGUCAUGAUGAAGAUCUGUGCAGCAGAAUCAUCUCACAUAUAAAGUCCUCCAGAAGCCUCCACAUCAUGUGCCAGGUCCCGGUCUUCUGCUGGCUCGUUGCUGCCGUUCUGGAGAAUAUGUUAACAGUGGAGCAGAGAGGAGAGCUGCCGAAAACCCUGACGGACAUGUACUCGCACUUUUUGAUGGUUCAGAUCCUGAAGAAGAACCAGAAGUAUGAUGAAAGACAUGAGAGAUUUCACCGGCUGAAGGAUUGUGACAGGGAAGUUCUUCUGAAGCUAGGACAGCUGGCGUUUGCAUUGGAGAAAGGAAACAUCAAGUUUUACCAAGAAGACCUGGAGCAGUGUGGUCUUGAUGUCAGGGAGUCCUUGAUCUACUCUGGAGUUUGUACAGAGAUCUUCAAAACAGAAUGUGUGAUAUUCAAGAAAACCAUCUACUGCUUCAUCCAUCUGAGCAUCCAGGAGUUUCUGGCAGCAGUCUACAUGUUCCACUGUUACACCAACAGGAAAACAGAGGUACUGGAGCCAUUCCUGAAAAAAAGCAUGAAAAGCCCAGAAGAGAUUUGCCGAGGAAAUGAUGAUGACCUCAGCUAUGAUUAUGACUAUAUUUACAGACAUUUAGACGUCUUCCUGAGCAAAGCCAUGAUCAUAUCUGUCAAGAGUAAAAACGGCCACCUGGAUUUAUUUGUUCGUUUUCUCUGUGGCCUCUGCCUGCAGUACAACCAGAACCUUUUAGGAGGUCUCUUGGGUGAGACAUGGAUCGAUCCAGGAGCCAUUAAACAGGCCAUCACUGCACUGAAGAACACAAACAUACAGGGGAUCCCUGACAGAGGCAUCAACGUCUGCCACUGUGUCACUGAGAUGAAGGAUCAGGAGAUCCAAGAGUUCCUGAAGACAAAUGCUAAAUCAGAGGUGGAACUCUCAGAGAUCCAGUGCUCAGCUCUGGCCUACGAGUUAGAGAUGUCUGAGGAGGUUCUGGAUGUGUUGGACCUACAGGCGUACAGGACGUCGCACCAAGGACGACUCAGACUGAUUCCAGCUGUGAGGAACUGCAGCAAAGCUCUGUGA